UUAAUUUUACGAUUCUAUUUUUAUACCGUACCGUACCUAUUAACAUACACCCUUGAAGAGGAAUAAUGAAACCCGACACAUACCCACCUAUGACCCUGUGACUCAGAUAAGCGACACCGCACCCCAUUGGUCAUUUAGAUAUGGUAAUUUUGUUUGUCUGUGGUAUUGUCCAAUCAGCUUCUUUGUCAUUAAAAUUACCCUAUUAUACUCGGAACCUCGGAACCUGUCGACGAUUUGACUUGAUUUGAAUGGGAACGCUCUAAUAUAAGUGAGUCCAAGCAAUCCAGAAACAUGACGCAGGCCGGGGCUGCUGGAUGAGUACAAGAAUCCUCCAAAGUGGCUUUUCAGCCAUUUGAGGACAUGGAUGAUGGUAGAUGCUUACUUGACGUGAUAGAUGACCCUGACGCAUUGACUUCAUUUCUUGACAAACAAGAUGCAUUUGGAUUGGAUAGUGCUGACUUGGAGGAGUUCUCCCGGUACCAGCAGCAGACUCUUCUCACCCAUAGCCAGUAUGCCACCGGACCCAACCCUAGCGCCACCUCCAUGUCCCAUCAUGAGACCCCAUCCUCUGUUCUGAUGCGCCUUGAGAACAUCUCGCCCCCACCGAUCCAAAAUGACACUGUCCUCUCCCUCCUGGGUGAUCGACCUUUCACCCCGACCAGCCACAAACCUCAAACCAGCCAGAACCAGGCCGCCUCCAGGCCGAUCAUCGACCUUGGGUUCGGUGAGCAAGAAGGGGGAGAGAUCAAGGAGAUAUUCCCGGACUUCAUGAUGGGCACUGGUCAGACACAGGGUAGCAACAACCAGGCUUUUUCCGCAGGAGAUGACCUGUUUGGGAAAUUGGGAGUUAAGGAGGGUGUGGAAGGAUCCGUCCAGAGUGCCGCAGGGAAAGAUGACUUCUCGAGCAUCUUUUCAUUUGAGGACGAAGUUGACAAGUUGCAGCAUGCCAUCCCGCCCAGCUCGGUCAGUUCGCGUAACGUCCAGGAUGUGAUUCAACAGAGUCUGAUGCUGUCUGGAGUAGGAGAACUUUCAGAUGAUGUUCCUAAUCAACAAGUAGAAGUUCCUCAGGCUGGAGCUGUCAAAGGAUCUGUAACUGCACGUACUGUACAGAGCUUGGGAGGAAAGAUACAAAGUGUCCAGCCCACACCCAGUGUCCCGCAGAGUAAUGCAGCGCCCUCAAAUGUCAUGGUCCAGGGAGGGGCUGUGCAAGGUAGUAACGUCACAGACCAUCAAAAGCUGACAACCAAAAGCAUUCCUCAAGUGGCAGUUGUAAGGCCACAAACACAACCUCAACCACAGCCCCAGACACAAGUCCUCUCAACUCAGCCUGUCAUUGAUGCUCAGGGGCAGGUCAUCAACUCCCAGUUCCUCCAAGCACCUGGAAAGGUAAUUGUUGGUGGACAGCAGACUGUCAUGCCCAUGCAGCAGACAUAUGUCCUCAACACAAAGACUCCCUUGAACAUACAUCCCAAGCUGGGAAUGGGUGCUCCAGCCGUGUCUAAAGCACCACCUCCCCAACAAGGACUUAGAAUCAUGCUGGCGCCACAAGCUGGUGGAAAUAUUCAAACAAUAGGGGGCGCUCCAGCUGGACAGACCAUCCAGUUGAACCAUGGACAGGCCAGUGCGACAGGACAGCAGACUGUUGUUUUACACAAUAUGCAAGGGGCUGUACAAAGCCAAGUUCAACCCUCUGCUCCGUCAUCUGUUCCUGUCCUCCAGCCUGUCAUCACGAUAGGUGCCACUCAAGGAAGCUUCAUAUUCAUGACAAGACCAACGACAGUUCUUGCCCCUCAACAGAUUCAGCAACUCCAAACAAGUGGUUCAGGCCUUGCCACCAUUCAGAUGCCUGGGCAGGCCAUAGGGUCGGUCGUUCAGCCAGGUACGAUUACUGUCAAUCAACAACAGGGAGGGAAACAAGCUUUACCAGUAAUGCAGUUUUUGCAGUCUGGUGUUUCGGGUGGAAAGGCCUACCAAACAAUAACAUUGCCUCAAGGUUAUGUUACAGGUGGUCAAACUAUUGUGAUCCAGAAUCCGCAAGGUGCAUCAAAUGUCCUUCCAAUUGCACAGAGCCAAGCCAGGAUAGUUCAAUCUGGAACCAAUCAAGUAAGCUUUGUGCAGAGCCAACAGCCAGGAACCUACGGUAAGGUCCAAGCAACUCCACAGCUCAUUCAGCCAAAGGUAGUUAGUUCAGCACAGGCACAAACCAAAGUAGCGACCGUCUCAUCGCAGUCUGUGGCAGCUUCCACUGCAUAUCGCACCAAAGAUAUUACAUAUGCUGCUCCUCCAUCAAAGGCAGAUCUUGUGUCAUAUUACCAACCAACCAGCCAAAUAGUAAAUACUCCAUCUGUAACACUCUCAAGCAGUAUUGGUAGUCAGAAUGUAUCCAAUCCAAUUCAACCAUAUGUACAAUCAGUAACGGCCGCUAAGAAUGAAGUGCACUUGAUCAAGUCGGAACCUUUUCCUUCAUCCAAGCCUAAACCAGUUGAAACAUUCCGACAUAAACUCUAUGGAAAGAUAUCCACAGUACAGGCAGAUUCUAAGCAGACGUCACAAUCUGAACUUCAGUCAAGUCAAGCACAGAUGGCUGCCAUUUCUCUUGCAAACCAAACCUCAGGCCCAUUACAAACGAUACUCCAAAAAGUACAGCCUCAUGACGCAAGGGCCGACCAGACUUCGUCUGCUCAUCUCAGGCAGGCACUGAGCAGCACAGCAGAUCUGAGGACCCAGUCUCAGCCAAUCUUCAUUCAGCAGAACUCUCCUCCUGCAAACACCAUUGUCACACCAAGUAAUGUCAAUACGAAACGCUUGCCAAGUCAGACUCAAACCUUGCCAGGAAAUAAUGGUAGUGUACCUGCCUUAGUUCAGCACCCUCAACUCAGCCAACAGAACUUCCAGGAUUCUGUAUCCUCUGCAGCUGUUUCUGUCCAGUCAACCUCAGUUUUGAGUACAACCUCAAAUACGAGCAGUUUACCUACCAAGAAGACGCAACUGAAGAAGCAAAACAUGUUCGGGGCACGACCAGUGGCUCCAGUCAGCAACCGGAACUUUCAACAGGAGUUCUUGAAGACAUUUCAAGGAAAGGCUGGACAUGUAGUCGCAAGCAGUACCUCUACAUCUACAACAACAUCUACCAGCAGCAUUCUUACCGCAAGCUUAGCCUCCUCGACGGCUGCUUCCCUACCUAACCAAGGCGGAAAUCUUAAUGAAUUUACCUCGGGUUCCCAUAUGCUCGGGAGUAAUACAAAUGUGACGGCAAGUUUAGAAAAUGUCAUAAGCAGUAGUGGAAUGAUGAGCGCUGGAGGAGUAUCUUCCACUCCUGGUCUUAUAAGUGCAUUGGAACUCAAAGCUAAGCAGAUGCAGGAAUCGGGUAUGAAGAGUCUCGCUCAUAACCAACAGCAGCCCAUGGUUAGUGCUUUGCAGUUGAUAAACCCUCAAGGUACAUCUUUCAACCAGCAGCCGAUUCGACAGAAUGCACCCAUGAUGAGCGCACUUCAGCUCAAGAAUCCUGGUCAAUUUCAGGGACAGAGCAUGAAUGUUGCAGGUGCUGCUAAAACGCAGCCUAUGAUCAGUGCUUUAGAAGUUCAACAACAAAUGCAACGUCAAGGUCAAGGUAUGAACGUUGUGCAACAGCCAGGCACUCAGAACAGACCAAUGGUCAGUGCUCUGCAGUUACAGCAAUUGAAGAGACAGAUGGCUGCUGCAAAUCCUGGAGUUGACACUACGGCACUGAUGAACCAACUCUUGCAACUUCAACAGAGGAAAAAUUCAGGGCAGCUGGGGGCCAAUCAAGCACAAGCCAGUCAAAUGCAAGCUCAGGCAAUUGCGAACCAGAGCCAAAUAUCUCAUCCACCAAGUGCUGGACAACCUUUGCCAAUUCCACAGGGAAUCUCCAGACCACCAAGCAUUGGUCAGCCACUACCAAGCCCUCAAUCCAAUCAAAGCCAUCGCCCUCCUAGUGUACCUCUGCCGAGUCCACAGGGGAUGUCGUCUCAUCGCCCUCCUAGUGUACCUAUGCCGAGUCCACAAGGGGUUGCGUCUCAUCGCCCUCCUAGUGUACCAAUGCCGAGUCCACAAGGGGUUGCGUCUCAUCGCCCUCCUAGUGUACCUAUGCCGAGUCCACAAGGGAUGCUGUCUCAUCAGCCUCCUAGUGUACCUAUGCCGAGUCCACAAGGGAUGUCGUCUCAUCGCCCUCUGAGUGUACCUAUUCCGAGUCCACAAGGGAUAUCGUCUCAUCGCCCUCCUAGUGUACCUAUGCCAAGUCCACAAGGGAUGCCUUCUCAUCGCCCUCCUAGUGUACCUAUGUCGAGUCCGCAAGGGAUGUUGUCUCAUGGGCCUCCUAGUGUGCCUCUGCCGAGUCCACAAGGGAUCGCGUCUCAUCGCCCUCCUAGUGUACCUCUGCCGAGUCCACAAGGAAUGCCAACUCAUCGCCCACCAAGUGCAGGGCAGUCCAUACAGAGUCCUCAAGCCAUGCAGCCACAUCGCCCUUCAAGCGCUGGUCAACCAUUACCCAGCCCUCAGGGCAGACAGAUGUCACGUCCACCUAGCGUUGGUCAUCCUUCACCAAGCCCACAAGGUCAGCAGUUACCAAGUCCACAAGGCAUGCCUGUGCAAUCUCAUCAAAGCCAGCAUCUCCUGGGUUCUCAAGGGUUACAAAGUCAGCAGAGCAUGAUGAACAGUGGCGGCCAGGUAAUCCAGAGCAACCAACCAAUGUAUGCUCCAAUGUCACUUAAUGUACAACAGAGUGCAUCCGGUCAACAGAUGAUGCAAUCAAACGCUCCAGUCCAGUCGGUACAACCUGGACAAGAAGCCGGUCAGUCUUCCACGAAGAUGAUGCCCCAGCUGUUACAAGCGUUUGACCUCUUGAAAAAGGCUCAGGCAGCCCAAGCAAAGGGUCAAUCUGGUGCACAGGAGCAAGCUCAUUACAUGCAGCAGUUUCAGUCACUCUUGCAGAAACAUCCAGAUUUGAUGAAGCAGUUACAACAUCUCAAGCAGAAGCAGCAGCUUGCCAAGCAACAGCAGAUGGCAAAGCAACAACAGAUGGGUGCUUCAAUGCCUUCAGGUUCAUUCCAGCAAAUGCAACAAACUGGUGUUGCAGGUCAACCGCAGUUUCAUCAACAACAACAGCAACAUAAUCUCUCUGCAAGUGCUGAUCAAGCACAAUUGGUAGCGUCCUCGAUCUUGCAAGCGACCCAGAAUGCCACUCGUAACACAAGACCAGGUGGAAUACCAUCCUCUACGGGACAAAGCGAUAUGCAGCAGUUCAUGAGACCUGGAUCGACCACCUUCAGCACCAACAGUGUUCCUAGAGCAUCGGAUGGACUUCAAAAUCAGAACCCCAAUUACACACCCAAUGUCACCAUUCAGGCUGUGAAUACUGGACAGAAGGAUGGAAUGCAAAGACUUGCACCUGGACAAGGAGGGACGUUUGUUCCAAAUCAAAGUCAACCUCCAGUGGUUUCAUCUUCAAAAAAGAAACUGCCCCCAAAUACUAUAUCGGUGAUGCUUCCUCCCCCACAAGCUCCUCCGAACGUGUCUAUUCUUCCUUCACAAAAACAGGCUCCACUAGGAACGAUACCAUCAGUCACUAAGGAAAAAGAUGUCUUUGAGUUUGACGAUGAGGAUCCGGUACCUGUAAAAGUAGAGAACAAGUUCAUUCGGAAGACGUCUGGAGGGAGGAAUGGUUCUGGAACGGUUCAUCACCAGCCUCUUCCUGUGCAGCAGACAGCAACCCAGGGCCAGGCUGUUCUUCAGAUUGACCCGAUGGCUCAAACACAAGGAGUUGUUCCAGGACAGAUGAACUUUGCCGGAUCGCAGGCGAAUCAAAUGUCAUCGCAGUCUGGUCAGCUGUCGGUAUCUCAGAGCAGCGUGUCCCAGGGUAGCCAGCUUAGUCGAAUGCUGCAGAGUGCACCCCAGCUCCCUUCAAACCAAAUGAAUCAGAAACCCGGUUUCCAAGCAGGUCAAGUCAUGUCUCAGGGUCACCAGCCCGGACAAGUGCCACAAGGAAGCCUCCAAAGCAGUCAAGCAUCAACAGCCCCCUCUCAGGGAGACCAAACACAGGGAGCCCAAACACAGUUCACCACACCUAGGGUUGCAGCAACAUCCAUCAAUGCUGGGGGCACCUUGCAGAAGGACACCAACUUGGCUAGCCGAAGACUGCAGCAGCUUCAACAGAGCCAGCACACAACCAGUACUGCUUUCAAGCCUAAAGCGAAGGCCAAAACCUCCCACUUCAGUGUCCAGACACAGCAGAGCCUACACAGCGUCCAAGGGUUCAUCCGACAGCUAGAAGGCAUCGUCAACCGCACCCCCAAGCAAGAGGCGAUGCUUCAGCAGCUCCUGGACCUGCAGCAGAAGAUCAACAGCCAGGCCAGGGCCAAGCUGGAGGCGUCGUCAGACACCACCACUGCACCUCCUCCUCCAGCCAGGACUGGAGCUGGAGGUGGUGGUGCCCUCGCUGGGCGAGCACCUGCCACUGCCUUACCUAACGUCGUGAGUGUCAAGGUGGAGGUCACGGCAUCUGAUGGUGGUAUUCAGAAUGCUGCCAGUUCUGGGACUUUUGCUAUGGCCCCCUCAAAUCUAGGGACUUCAGGUACAACUCUGCAGUCAUACGGGCCUGUAGCGCCCACACCCAACAUUCCUAAACCCGCAGCAGUUACUGCUAUAUCUAGCCAACCUACAGGACAAUACAAGGUCUGCACCACCGCCGCCACCACCGACCAGCAAGUGUCAUCUGCCUUCGCAGCUGCUGCAGCAGCAGCCGCCGCUGCAGCCCAAGCCACCACCCAAACCCCUGCCCCAGCAGCAGGGGCCCAGGGGUCCGACCAACCUGUUGCCUCCUCCUCCUCCUCGUCUACCGGUAUACCUGUACCGGUACCAGGGGUACAGAUACCAGGAGCUAGCAGCUCAGCAAGCACCUUCCAGCAUAUCUUCACCACAAAUAUUGUUCAGUUGGUGGGCAAGAACCUGACACCUCAACAGCAGGAUGUCCUGAGACGUCUCCAGGAGCAGCUCAAGAACAUGACUCCACAGCAGCAACAAGAGUUCUACCGUCAGCAGCAGGCCAAGCUGCAUCCGGGCCAGAAGAAGCCCUUGGAUGUGUCUAAUGUAGCUGUUCAACCUGUCCAGCAACCGUCCUCCAGUACUCCAGCACCCAAGGCUCAGCUAUCCCCAGUGAGAGCUGCUAAACCCGGCCGUAGCAAGCCCAAGAAGAAGGGUGCCAAGGGCUCGCCAAAGGGGGAGAGAUUUGACGAGAAAGGGGGCAAAGAUGUUGAGAUCAUCUCCCCUCCACCACCCCCUAAAGCGCCCACUCCACCACCUGCUGCAGCUGAAUUUAUCCGAGAGAGGCGUGAUUUAGACAAGUACUGCGUGGAGAACAUUCAGUUCAAGACGCCCUUUGCUUCGUACAGCGAGGCGAUCCAGAGGCUGCUACCUUAUCACUUAGCUCAUGAGAAGAUUCCCACCAAAGAGAAAGCUAAAGAGAGUGAGAGUUCUUAUGAUGAGAUCAGUGACCAGCUGAUGGCUAAGAAGAAGAAGAUGCUGGAUAAGUUUCAAUACCUCCUCUACCAAGAGAGCAUGAUUGAGGAGCCUUCAUCUGAGAAUGUGAUGCUGGGUCGUCUGUUUCUCCAAGAUGAGACUGCUGCACUCCAAGAAGAACGCAAACGAGCAGAGGCCAACAAAGUUGAAUCAUUAAUACCAAAGACGGAAUCCAGUCAGGACCAAGGGACCACUGAUGCUCAGGCUGCCCCUGUCGAGGCACCCCCUGAGCACUCCUUUGCUCAGCCUGCCAAGGUGGCCCCACCUAAAGCCGAGCCCCGCCACAAGACCAAUCACGACAGAAUACGAAAAGGUGCCGAGAUGGACCACUCGGCCAGGAGAUCCUCCGGCGCACAGGGAGGAGCGGUCCUGCAGAGACAGCGACAGGUCAGCAACGACGGGGACACAUCAUCCAGCACCGAAGGACAGUAUCACUCCUCUAUCGUGUCCAGGUACGGGAGCAGUGACGAGGACGACGGUUCAAAGGGAGCAUCGUCUGGCGGCGGGAUCAGGUUACGCUUGACCAAGAGCCUCCUGGUCGAGUCUCGGGUCAAGUCGCGCGAUCGGUCAUUCACCAGCGAGAGCGACGACUCAGUACUGUCAUCCCCGACGAAGCCAAAGCGACGGAGAAGCCAACUUGAGGCGCUGCUUAGCUCCGAUUCCUUGGACAGUAGUGAUUUCUCGCCGGCGGUCGAACAAAGGACUAAAGGUGGCGAUGUGUGGAAGGUCAGCGAGAAGAGUAAAGAGUUGUUUGCAUUCCAAGACAUUGGCGCGAGUGCUCGCGACGCGACGGCCUCGCGAUCUCGGGGCGAGCGGGACCCCUCCGGAAACCAAGUUGAUGCAAUAAUGGACGAGGAUCUCGAAGACAAGGACGUUCUUCAGGAGCAGAUGGACAGCGCCGUCAACAGUAUUCUUUUUCUACAGAACCUCGGUGGUCCUGGUGAUACCUUGCGCCAUGCCAGCCUUGCCGAUAUCAGCUUCGAUCAGGAUGAUGUUUUUGAUAGCGCCGAUGACUCGGCGGUUUUCAAUUUAGAAGACUAUGCCAAUACCAGUUUCUUAGAAGAGAACAGUGCGGUCGCUGGGCUUGAGAGUGAGCUGACCAGUAUGGACAGUGAUGUAGAAGAAGCAGUUCGAAGCAUUUUGUGAUCAAAGGUCAAAGACGCAAGCAAUAACGUUGCCAAUUUAGAGCAUUUUCAGUUCAGGAAGGAUCAUUGAAGCCGAUGAUUGGAUUGUGCAGAGAGAGAUGUCACUCUGCUAAGUCAGGCAGCACUUAAAAACUUUCAAGGAUGUUACCUUAGUAUAGGUAUCCUGUACCAGAAUUUGUGUGUGAAUACAUUGUAGUAUUCAAAGUAGUCUACUCAUGCCAUAAUGAACAUGCAGAUUAUUGUAUAGUAUUGUCCACACUCACGUAUAUAGACACAUGCAACGGAAUUCUCUGAAUAUCAACAAGGUUGUUAUUUAGAUACCAAACUUUUUCCAUUCCGUAGUUAAGUGCAUUAAAGAUUUGUCACAACUGCAAGGUUUCAUCAAUACCAAUUUCACUGGCAUACACGUACACACAAGUACAUACAUGUAUAGCUUGCAUUUAAUUAAUGAUUAUUUUUUUUCACCGGUCAACGUGGCAUUUGUGAAAAUGGUGCACAAAUUUUAUUUUUGUAAGAAGUCCUAAGAUACCUAUCAAUGUUAAACCAAGCAACUUAGUAUAUGGCAUACGUUUAUGAAAUAAUCGAAUUGCAAUAUUUUGUGUUCACUUAAUGAAGUAUGAAAUUGAAUAUGUGCUUUGCUUAUGUCAUCAUUGUUAUUUAUUUUAUUUUCUUAUUAUUAUUUACUAUAAACAUAAUGUGCCAAAAACACAGUACAACUUUCCAAUCCCUCAGAUCCGUACUUUGUGAGUACGUUUUAAGGCUCAUUAAGAUAACGUUUUUUUUCUAAUUAUUUUUGUUAUGAUGGAAGAGUAAAAUGCUUUACAUUAUCUUUAUGUUAUACUACAGAACUCAGUGAUUAAGCGUAGGACAUUUGCUGCGAGCAAUUGCCAUUUAUUUACACGUUUUCCAAAAAUGAAUUUACGCUUUCAUGUCUGAACGAACCUUUGUGUGAAUGCAUUCAUAGUAUAUACAUCUGCUAUGUACUGGAAAGAAAUGAUCUUGCCAACCUGCCAUACAGACAGUUAACGACUGAAUUAUUCACACUCGUUAAUAUUUUUUUCAUAAUUCAAGAAUGAAAGGUUGACUGGUUGAAUUACAGCCUAUGUUGAAUACUUUUAAAUGUAAGCUUUAUUAUGUCACAUUCUCAAGAAACAAACAAUCGGGACAAAUAAAUUGUUCACCUACUUUGAAGUUGCUCUUGCGUGGGUAUACAGAGGGCAGCACACGGACGUACGCACGGGAGCGUAAUACCUAUUGGCUCAGUGUCGUGUAGUGGUCGCCAAGUUGCCUACUUCACAAACAACUAUAUACCCACACAUGAACAUCUUUACAAAUUCCAAAACUUGGUAGGGAUAUGAAUAAUUUAGUUGUUAGUUGUACAUCUGGCCUGUUUGUGAAUAAGAGUUUCAAUUAAUCUUCAUCAAUCACUGUUUCUAUAGGAUCCCAGCAAUUACAUGUAAUUGUACAUGGAUGGUACAGUGCAGCUCCACCAUUUGAAAAGUUAUUGCUCUGUGAACAGGUUAAAACCUAUGCAACAAAUGUUUUAGAUCAAGCAUACUUUAAUAUGCACUUGGUUCAAAAAUCUCCUUGAAAGAUUUAUUGCAAGGAAAAGUAGAAGCCAAGAGGCCAAGAGGGAAACCAAGAACGGAGCUGAGACGGGAACAUUAAGGAAUAGCACUGAGAGAGUGUUCUUGGAUAGCAGAAAUCAUAAAUGUUUCAAUCAACCUCUCGGUCUUUAUAGGCAGGUGGUCUUUCUAUACAGGUUCCUUUAGUACAGGUUUCAAUAAGAAUCCAAUUUCAAGGAAAACAGAAUAAUAAUGAUAAAAACAGUGCUUAUAAAGCGCUUACCACCAAAGUCUCUAAGUGCUAAAGGUGGUCUCUGUAGACAGGUGGUCGCUAAAGCAGGUAUGACUGUACCUUGAUAGAUCGAUGGUUCCCAAAUGAAAUUGGGAGUCCAAUAUCAAUAUAGAAUUGAAGAAAAUAAUGUUUUUAUGUAAGUGCACAUUCCAUCAAAUGUUUUAAAAAUAUGGAAUUUAGAAUCAUGUGACAGUAAAAGAUAUAGAAAGAAAUACAGCUCAUUUUUAUGAUGUAAGAGAAGAAAAUGUGAAUUAAUGCCUAAUAUUCUAAUAAAUUGUAUGUGUUGUCAUUAAAACAUUGGUUCUUUUCAAAGUCAAAGAUGUAAAGAAUGUCCCAAAAUAGUUACAAAGUCUUGAUGUGUUGAAGCAACAGCAAGGGUAGUUCAGUAUCAAAGCUUGAUCAAUAUUCUCAGAAACUCUAGGAAUUAUGAGAAUUAGUUGCAUAAUAUUUGCUCAUUUAUUUUGAUAUACUGAAAGAAACACUUUUUUUUUUCUUCAAUAUUUUCAAUAUAUCAAAUUUGGCAUUACCUCAGGUUGGAUGUAGGGUUAAUUUGAUUUUGUGUUUCAUGUUCCAUGGGAAUAAUUGCAAACCAGCAUAAAUAGGAAGCAAGAAAAGCUCUUGAACACUAAUGGUUUCUUAGAUAUCAAAUAAACUGAUGGUAUCGGAUAACAUUAAUUUAUAGCAUUUUGCCCAUUUUAUCAGCAAAAAGAUAUACUCUACGUGUCACAAAGGAAAAGAAAAAACAGCAUAAUAACAAAAAAGGAAGCUUGUCACAUUAACAGAGUAACACUUAGCCAUUUCUUUAGUGAUAUCCAUUGCAAAAUGAUAGCAUUAGCUUAUCCAUAAUGAAAUAAUUUGGUCUUUGAUAUAUUUCUAUUACUUUAUUCCCCCCAGCUUUGCUAUUUGAAUAAUCUGCCUCAUGGCAAAUGCAUGUAACCUGGUUGAGUCCAUUUUAUGUUUAGGGGUGGUUUGCCUUAUAUUUUUGAGAGGGGAAACAAGGUUACGAUAUCGCAGUACUGACAAUGCUACCCAAGAAUUGCCUUAUAUGUUGUCGGUUCGAUGCCAAAUUAUGUUGUGGUCGAAGCAAUGUCAUGUUGCCUCCGUUGAGCGCAGAAAGGACGUUUUCUACGUUUUAAAAGAUACAAGAUAACACCCUUUUGGCGCUCAGCGGAGGUAUUAUUUUUCUUGGCAAUAUGCCAUAGAGAUUACCAAAUAUUGGUAAGAAAGUGUCUGCAAAUUAACUAAUUGUCUUGGUUGGAUCAUAUAAUUUUUUUCAAGAAAGUUUAUUUUGAUAUGUGCAUUGCACAUAA